AUGAAACCACUCUACUCCCUCCCCGUGACAGGCUACCUCAUCUACCGCUCGUACACGCACAAUUCGCUCACGCCCUUGGGGAUCGUCACCGCGGCGCUAACCGCGCUGCUGCACUCGUCGCACCGGAGCGCGCUCCCAUUCAGCCUCCUCGUCGUCUUCUUCCUCGCGGGGACCAGGGCCACAAAACUGAAACACGACGUCAAGAGCCGGUACACGCUCUCCAGCACGGGCAGUGGCUCUUCUCCUUCUUCUUCUGCGGCCCGGAGGGGAGGCGGCGAUGGAGGCGAGCCAAGGACGCACGUCCAGGUUUUGGCUAACAGUGGGGUUGCGAGCUUCCUCCUGCUCCUGCAUCUGUACCGAACGAAUUUCAAGCACGGUUCUUGGAGUGGGCAUGUGAAGGCGCAGCAGGAGGAGGGGUGCGUGCCCACGACCGGCUCCGUCGAGGGGCUUCUCCUGGCCGGGAUCGUGGCCAACUAUGCAGCCGUGGCUGCGGAUACGUUUUCUAGUGAGCUGGGGAUCCUGGCUCAGAAUGAGCCGAGACUCAUUACGAGACCUUGGGUCAGGGUUCCCCGGGGCACGAACGGCGGUGUUACGGCGGCGGGUUUGGCGGCUGGAGUGCUGGGGUCGCUCAUUAUCGCUGUGGCCAGCACGGUGGUGAUGCCGUUUUGUGGCGCGUCACAGACCGGACGCUUGGGUCCGGUGGGCAGGGUGCUCAUGGCCCAAGAGAAAGCGGAGACAUACCGAGGCUGGACGCUGACAGACAAGCUGAUCUGGAUCCUCGCGGUGACGGGUGGGGGUGCCCUGGGAAGCGUGCUGGACAGUCUAUUCGGCGCCAUCCUGCAGGCGAGCGUGGUGGAUCGGAGGACUGGCAAAAUCGUCGAAGGGGCUGGCGGCGAGAAAGUCCUGGUUUCGAGCCGCGGCAAGGGGAAGACUGCCAAGAGGGAGGUUGUGCAUAGCGAGAGGAACAGGGAUGAGGCGUUGAGAGAAACAAAGGCGGCUGAUAUGGAUGGGAGAGAUAUCUCUGCCGUGCCGGAGGAGAGUAGGUCGGUCUUGACCGGGAUGGAUUGGCUGGAUAAUAACCAGAUCAAUCUGCUCAUGGCGGCUUGUAUGAGUUUUGGUAGUGUGGCGCUUGCCAGCUGGUAUUGGGGGAUACCGUUGUCGAGGUUAUGGACAUGA